UAAAUAAAUAAUAUUUAUAGUUUCUUUUUUUCUUUCUUUCUCUUCUUUAUUUAUCUUUUCUAUUAUAUAUUUUCCGUACUAUAAGUUACCAUGGAAACCGUGGAUAUAGAUAUCACCAAUGCUACGCUACCUCCAGCAAACCACUUACUAAGACCGUUGAUUGAUUCAGCUCAGCCAAGAAAUAAUAUCCGAGAAGAAGAAAUCCAAGACAAGAUGAUGAUUGAUGAGCAACAUCCUGGGGACGAAGUAAUGCAUCCAUGUAGCAAAGGUACACAUCAUAAACACAUAGAUGUGCAUUCGGUUUCUCAUUGCUUAUUUUUUUGAAAUAAAGACAAGCCCAGUCUUCCGUCAAUAAAGAGUCUAUCGUCUAUAUCCUCGGCUACACCUGCCAAUAUGACCCCUGAUGAUUAUAUUCGACAUAGAAUGUCAGACAUGACUGUGUCCCAGCCCCAACGUCGACAACAUGUUUCAGGGCCGUCUCCUCUAGAACCCAAUUCACACCAGUCCUUUUAUGAAUCAUUCUCCCGGCGAGGAUCCAUUACCGAUCCUGCUUCAUUUCACAGCACGAGUCGCCGUCCGUCUAUUGCAGAAGUGUUGCCGUUGCCAAACUCAGCUGUCCAAAGCCGGAGAGGGUCUGUUGCUACAGAUUAUGAUUGUCCUUCUCGGUCCCCUUCUCCUUCAGCGUUUACCAGACAACGCCUUUAUGACAAUCAGGAUAGCUUAUCCUAUUCGUUCGGCAGACGAUACUCGUUAAGCAACGGAGCUAAUACUACGAACAAUGGCAGCAAACAUCCAUUAGCACCACCACCCAAUACAGGCUCAUUUUACGACCCCUUUCAACGCAGACACUCUAUUGCCACAGCUGAAACAUCGUACAGUUCAACGUCGAGGUAUGGUCCUACUGGAGGCAAUAAUACGUCGGCAUCAAAAUAUAAAGGUAUGCGGGUUGAGCACAUGGUGAAAUUUAGAUUCUUAUACAUAUAUUCUCUCUUUAGCAUUCAAAUUUCCCUCAACUAUUCCAGAGUUACCAACAUAUGAUACACUUUCUGCACCUCCGAGCCCAUCUCAGCUUGUGAAUACAGGUCGUCCAGAAUUUAUGCAAGAUAAGGCAGCAACAUCACGUUACAGCCAUUCUUCCCAACUGAUGGAUAACCAUCAUGGUGGACCCGUUUCGUUAAGUAGCCAGCGACGCAAGGCAUCCUUGAUUGAGGAUUACAGAGC